UACAGAUCAAUGAUGAGGACCAGCCCUCGCAGGCCCCUGAUUCUCAAGAGACGAAAACUGUCCCUCCAAGAUGGCAGUGCGUCCAACUCUCCAGCAAGAGAUGAACCGGAUGGGGAGAGUAAAGGAGUCCCCAAGCAGGAGCAUAGCAGAGAGGACAAACCCAGGGACAGAGUGGAGUGUGGCGCCCAGAAAUUCCCAGCAGGAAUAAAGAUCAUUAAUCACCCUACCAUGCCCAACACCCAGGUGGUGAUCAUCCCUCCUGAUGCUGACAUCCAGAGUAUCAUCGAGGCUCUGACAGCCAAGGGGAGAGAAUGUGGCAGCAAUGGGCCCAACAAGUUCAUUCUUAUCAGCAGUGGGGGCAGCUCUCGUCCCACAGGCUCAGCAGCAACUCAGCAGACGCUCCAAUCAAAGGAUGAGACGAGCACAGCAACAAAGGGGGCCAGAGCAGCAGAUUGUCAGGGUGGAGAGAAGAACCUCAAACAAAACCCUAAUAAAACUGUGGAAAGGGCAGUCCUGUGGCCUCCACAUGUCAAUUCCAUCGGAGGACAAGAACAGGAAGGAAACAGCAGUGGAGACGCAACAAACAGCGGGUUGAAUAACAGUCUGACUAACAUCCAAUGGCUAGGGAAGAUGAGCUCUGAUGGGCUGGGCCCCUGUACUGUGAAACAAGAGAUGGAGAAGGAGAACCAGACACCCGUGCAGGAGAGGAUCAAGACUGAAGAAGACUCCAUUCCUGCCACUGCUACCUCCUCCUCCUUGUGGCAGGACUCGAUAUCAGAACGGCCCCCCUACUCCUAUAUGGCCAUGAUCCAGUUUGCCAUCAACAGCACAGAGAAGAAGCGCAUGACCCUGAAGGAUAUCUAUGCCUGGAUUGAGGACCAUUUUCCUUAUUUCAGAUAUGUGGCCAAGCCAGGCUGGAAGAACUCCAUUCGACACAAUCUAUCCCUUCACGAUAUGUUUGUCCGGGAGACAUCUGCUAAUGGUAAAAUCUCCUUCUGGACCAUCCACCCUGAUGCCAAUCGCUAUCUGACGCUGGACCAAGUGUUCAAGCCGCUGGAUGCGGGGUCACCAACAUCGCCUGAGUACUCUGAAUCACAGCAAAAACGACACAUUCCAGAACUCCAGAAGAACACAGGCGGGAACAGCAGCAACAAAACUGAGCUACAGAAUGCACGCCGAAAGAUGAAGCCUUUGCUUCCUCGCGUCAGCUCCUACCUGGUUCCAAUCCAGUUUCCUGUGAGCCAACCUCUCAUCCUGCAGUCCUCCCUGAAGGUGCCUCAGGCCAUGGCCCAGGGAGCCUCCCUCAGUGGCUCAGAGGUUAUCCGGAGCAGCAAGCGUGUACGCAUUGCUCCAAAGGUGUUGCCGUCCACUGAAGAGCCAUCCUCAUUCUUGCCCACAGGGCCUGUGAAGGAGAAGAGUCACUGUGAUGAAAGGCCGCCCCCAUUUGCCCCAAGCCAACCUGUAAAGGAGAACAACUCCCAGCCUGGUGAAGCGCUAGCCUCUUUCCCUGCAGCCCUGUGUAUAAAGGAGGAGAAGGAGGACUCCUAUCCUGACAAAUGGCUGCCCUCUUUCCCCCCAGUCUUGUCUAUAAAAGAGGAACCAGUGCAGUCGGAUGAAGAGACAGGCCUGUUGCUCCCAGUACCAUGUGUGAAGCGAGAGAAACACUUUACCGUGCUGAAGUCCCCGCCCCGGGGUGUAUCUGACACGGUGAUUAUAAAGAGGCGGAAGAUGGGCAGGUCCAGAAGGAAACAGCACCUAGUGCUGCCUUGCUCAGAAGAGCCAGUCCUGGUUCUGCCAGAGAGCUGUGGUUCUGACUCCUUCAGGCUAGCGUCAGACCUUCCUUUCCUGCAGGAAAGCCAGUCUCUGGAGCUCAGCUGCUCCCAGGAGGAGGGUGGCCCCUUUAAAACACCAGUCAAGGAGAUGUUCUGCAAGCUGCCAGUUUCCUCCACCCCUAGCAAAGUCCCAACUGCUACUCCACCAAUGGGGAGCCCUGACUCCUGGAGACUUGCACCCAUUGCUAAAGAAAGCAGUGAGCUGGACUUCAGCCCUGUGAGAACCCCUCAGGUGCCAUUCACAUCCCUCCAGGAAAACUUGGACUUGCUGGGCUUCAACAGCACUCCCCUUAAAAACUCGUUUGACUCCCCUCGACAGCUUCUCCAAACAGAGUCCAAUGACAUGGUUUCCGGGCCCCUUACAAGCUCUCCUGCUUCCAAUCCUGAAUCCACCAAGCAAUCAUCCCCAAAAUUACCAGCCUCUGGACAGACUGAGAAUCAGUCUCUCAUGGAGGGCCUGGUCCUGGACACCAUGAACAACAGCCUGAGCAAAAUCCUGCUGGAUAUCAGCUUUUCUGGCCUAGAGGAUGACAUCUUGGGGCCAGAGAUGAGCUGGUCUCAGUUUAUUCCUGAACUGAGAUAGGCUGUGUUUGGCUUAUUCCCAAGCUGUAAAGGACACUGGGCUCUACUGAGACUUGCUCAGAUGGGAUAUGCAGGGGCCCAUAAUGUGGUUUUGACUUAUUCCCAUUGGGAAUACUGGGCUGUACUGAGAUCUGCUUGGCUGGAAAACAGACAGGCCCAUUGGCUGCUAUGAGUUCGUUUAUGACCAAUAAAUAUUGGUCUGGGACAGGCUGGGGCUUAUUGGUUGGUCUUGCCUCAGGCCUGAGUUAGUGGAGAAACAGAGUCCCUUGUGAAAAGGUUACAGGGAAGGUUUCCAGGUGGGUGCUGAAUCACCCUGCCAUCUAAGGGGUUGGAGGCGAUGAGGAUAGGCCUCUCCAAAGUACAUCUAUUGGAGGGAGAA